AUGGUUCGGGAAAGAAAUUUUCAGCAUGAAUUUAGUUUUGGACCCUACCUUUUGCCUGCAAGGUUAAAUGCUGCGACCUUCUUGGAAUUUUUAAAGGCUGAACAUGCGAAUAUGUGGGAUGAUGUUAUGUUAGAUUUAAGAAGAUUGGCCUGGUUCCAGCUUGAUGGUUGUCCAGCUCAUUAUUCGAGAAUAGUUAGAAACUGGCUGGACAAAAAUUAUCCAGAAAGAUGGAUAGGCCGUGGAGGACCAGUCCCCUGGCCUCCACGAUCCCCUGACCUAAAUCCAUUAGAUUUCUUUGUGUGGGGAUUUCUAAAAGAAAAAGUGUACCAAACUCCCGUAGCCACAAGAGAUAUGCUAAUAGACAGAAUCAGGAAUGCAUGUGAUGAAAUAAGGCCUUAUUUGAAUAAUGCGUUCGAUCAUUCUCUAGAGCUAGUAGAGUAA